AUGUCUGUAGAAGUAGAAAAUUUAUUCUUGGAUUUUUUAGAAGCUAUUCCUAAGAAUAGACUUCUUUUAGAUGAUGUUAUACAAAAAAAUCAGCAAACACUACUAAUUGAUACACAAGAUGUGCACGAUUUUAGCGAAAAAUUAUAUAUGAAAAUAAUGCAACGAUACGGAGAAAUUAUUCCUCAUCUUAAUAAAGCAGUAGAAAACUUUUCUUUAAAAACGUUUAAUAAGAAAAUUAAUAACGUUAGUUUUUACAAUUUGGAUUUUGUCUAUAAAAUACGGGAUUUAAAGUCAGAAAAAUUAGGGCAACUUGUUUCGUUUAGCGGGACAGCUACACGCACGACACAAGUGCGACCAGAAUUGGUGUCUGGUACAUUUAUCUGCAAAGAAUGUAAUUCUGUUGUACCGGGUGUAGAACAAGAAUUUAAAUACACUGAACCACUCGUUUGUCCAAACCAUCUCUGUACAAAUCGAAAACUUUGGAAACUUGAUCUUGAUGAGAGCGAAUUUGCUAAUUGGCAGCGCAUCCAUGUACAAGAAAAUACUGAUGAAAUACCACCAGGAUCUUUACCAAGAAAUAUUGAUGUAAUCGUGCGUAACGAUUUGGUUGAGAAAAUCAAAGCGGGUGAAAAACUGACAUUUACUGGAUAUCUUAUAGUUGUACCUGAUGUUAUCCAAUUAAUGUUACCACAAUCCAAAAGUGUUCCCGUGCAAGAAGGUGUAGCUGAUAAUCUAAAAUCUAAACGUAAUAUCAAUAUAAAAGAUCUAAAUUACAAAUUAAGCUUUAUGUGCACACACGUAAAUUAUAAAACAGAAGAAUUUAGUAGCAAUUUUACAUCGGAAGAACUUAAGAUUAUUGAAGAGAUGAGAAGUACUAAAAAUUUAUAUUAUAAAAUGUCUCAGAGUCUAUUUCCGUCAAUACAUGGUCAUUAUUCUAUAAAAAAUGGGAUUCUUUUGCUUUUAAUAGGAGGUGUUACUAAAAAAACGGAGAGUGGAGUUAAAUUAAGAGGAGAUAUUAAUAUUUUACUUGUUGGAGAUCCUGGAACUGCCAAAUCGCAAUUUCUUAAACAGGCAUCGGGUAUUUUACCCAGGAGUGUUUAUACAUCUGGUAAAAGUAGUAGUGCGGCCGGUUUAACAGCAUGUGUCAUUAAAGAUGGAGAAACAGGAGAGAUGUCAAUUGAGGCGGGUGCAUUAAUGCUCAGUGAUAACGGUAUUUGUUGUAUAGAUGAGUUUGAUAAAAUGAAUUAUAAAGAUCAAGUAAGUAUUCAUGAAGCUAUGGAACAACAGACCAUUACAAUUGCAAAGGCAGGCAUAAAUGCGACUCUUAAUGCCCGAACAAGUAUUUUGGCUGCUGCAAACCCCAUUAAAGGUAGAUAUGAUAAGAGAAAGACAUUGAAACAGAAUAUUAAUCUAAGCCAGCCUAUUAUGAGUAGAUUUGAUCUUUAUUUUGUUUUAAUUGAUGACGUUGAUUCUGAAAAUGAUAAAAAUGUUAGCAUGCACAUUCUGAAUAAUCAUCUUUUGUCUGCCGAUAUUAAUUUACACGACGGUUAUUUUUCAUUAGAACAAGUUAAGUUAUAUAUUAAAUAUGCUAGGACACAAAAACCUAUUCUGAAUGAUCUUGUUCACAAAAAACUAGUUGAAAAAUAUAUUAAAAUUCGCCAAGAAAGUUUAAUUAAUAACAGUAAUUACAAAAUGACAGUUAGACAUCUAGAAAGCAUGAUAAGGUUAAGCGAAGCUUUAGCCAAACUUCAUUGCGAUACAGAAGUUAGAGAAAUUUAUGUUGAAGAAGCUUACAGAUUGAUUUCAAGUAGUGUUAUAGAACUUAAAGGAGAAGAUAUUGACAUCGGUGUACAGGCCAAUGAAGCUGAGCAAGUAAAAAUUAAUAGUAACGAUUUAUUUAGAAUUACAAAUCAAAUUAUUUAUUUGAUUAAAACAAGAGAGGGGAUGAACAAAGAUGGUCUAGUAAGUUGUUAUAUUGAACAAAUAGAAGAUAAUUUAGAAACAGAGACAGAAUUUUACGCUGAAAAAAGUUUAGUAGAAAAAGUGAUUGAUUAUCUUGUAUUGCAUGAAGGUGUUUUAUUUAUAAGUGAUGGUAUUUAUUUUAUACAUCCUAAUUUUGAUGUCUAA